CACGGGGGACUGGGGCUGCCUCCAAACCUCCACUCAAGUUUAAAUCACACAGAGCUCAACUGACUCCUGCUUUGCAUCCCCCUGUCUCUCUCCUCUUCCAUCCGCAAACUGCUCCCUGCAGUCAGCCCGGCAAGAGCUCCUGUGAGGCAUCUUCCUUUGAAGGAGAGAAAAAGUAAUACAUUUCCCCUUUUCUGAGCCCUGCAGGACACCAAGAGCCAACAGUCACCAUGGAGGCCAUCAAGAAGAAGAUGCAGAUGCUGAAGCUGGACAAGGAGAAUGCCAUAGACAGGGCAGAGCAGGCCGAGUCCGACAAGAAGGAGGCAGAGGAUAAAUCCAAGCAGCUGGAGGACGAGCUGCUGGCUCUGCAGAAGAAGCUGAAAGGGACAGAGGAUGAGUUGGACAAGUUCUCCGAGGCCCUGAAGGAUGCUCAGGAGAAGCUGGAACUGUCAGAGAAAAAGGCUGCAGAUGCCGAGGGCGAAGUGGCCUCUCUGAACCGACGCAUCCAGCUGGUGGAGGAAGAACUGGACCGAGCCCAGGAGAGACUGGCCACGGCCCUGCAGAAGCUGGAGGAGGCAGAGAAGGCUGCGGACGAGAGUGAAAGAGGCAUGAAGGUGAUUGAGAACAGAGCCAUGAAAGACGAGGAGAAGAUGGAGAUCCAGGAACUGCAGCUCAAAGAAGCCAAACACAUUGCAGAGGAGGCCGACCGCAAAUAUGAGGAGGUUGCUCGCAAACUGGUGAUCCUGGAGGGUGACCUGGAAAGGGCGGAGGAGAGGGCAGAGCUUGCUGAACUAAAGUGUAGCGAGUUGGAGGAAGAGCUCAAAAAUGUCACCAACAAUCUCAAGUCUCUAGAGGCUCAGUCCGAUAAGUACUCUGAGAAAGAAGACAAAUAUGAAGAGGAGAUUAAAAUCCUGAAUGACAGACUCAAGGAGGCGGAAACCCGUGCAGAAUUUGCAGAAAGAACAGUGUCGAAGCUGGAGAAGACCAUAGACGACCUUGAAGAGAGUCUGUCGCAGGCAAAGGAAGAAAACCUAGGAAUGCACCAGGUUCUGGACCAAACGCUGCAAGAGCUCAAUAGCUUGUGAAAAAGAAAAAAAAAAAGAAAAAUACAAGAACAAAGCACAGUUUAAAAAAAAUUAAUACUCCAAUUUUUUUGUAAAAUAAUUUUUUCUACAUGCCAUCCAUUUUUUUGUCAUUCCACAUCUCCUUACGUAUCUGUGACUUUUUUAACACAUGUAGCUCAUUUUUAUAUUUAUGGUUCCUUUUUUUUCUAUGACUUUUUUAACUAAUGGUUUUGGGUCCAUGCAAUUUCAGUAUUGGUGCUGGAAAUUCUGUUCUUGACCAAACACUGAGAGUGAAUAAAGCUUUUAAUGAUGUCAGGCACUAUGCAGCUCCUGACACCCUCUGCUCUUUUGGCAUCCCUGAUAAAGAUGUGUCAAAAGUCUUAAGAUAUGUCAUCUUCUAGUGCUGCUGAUAAAUCUCACUCUGUAAGAUGUAACAAAAAAA